AUGCAGACAAACAUCGAGUACACCUUGCUGGACUCGAUCUCCUUCGAUGUGCCUCGGCUCCUCUCAGUGAGGAAUGGGAACGGUGCCAAGGUCGGAGGUGCUCGAGUGACAGCAAUAGGCAUUAACUUCGGUGCCGCCAGCAUCUCAGAGGCGCAGACGAUCAGGAUCGGUCAGUCGACAUGCACCUCCACAUUGUGGUUGUCCGACUCGCACAUGGUCGGCCUUGCUCGUUCCGGAACACAGGCUGGUCUAUCGGUUGAGGUUCAAGCCGGCUACACAACGUCUAGGUCUAUCUCCAAAGAGGAUGCUUACUCCUACGACAGUCCGUCCCUCAGCACAGUCCUCGUCUCCAACCGGCCUAACGCUGGCUCCCUCGCCCACCUCACCGUCCUGGGGGUCAACCUUGCCUCCUUCGACCCGACGCUCGCCGUGCGUGCCGGCUGUACAGCUUCCGCGUCGACGUUGUGGGCGAGCGACACUUCGGUCGUGACUGCGCCUGCAUCCGGCAGCUCAGGCUCGAGCUUUCUGAGCGUCACUGUGGGAGCUAGGAGCCUGCAGGGCCUCGCCUCUGCCGGCACCUUCACGGGAGGCUUCAGCUUCGACGGGCCUGCGUUUGGUUUACCGGAAUGGAGGCUGCGCAACUUGGGCGAGGACUCCUCGAUCAUCAUCAGCAUGCUCGGGACGAGCUUUGGGCGGUGGGAUGCGUCUGUGCAAGGGAAAAUAGCAAACACUGCGGCCCAGAGCACUGUGUGGACGUCAGACUCGCAGCUAGGCUGCAUGCCAUCGCAUGGCGUCGGAAGGACGCAGCGAGCUCAGCUGACCAUGUCAAGCCUCACGCACACGCAGACGGAGGUGUUGUCCUACGACGCUCAGCGGGCCUCGUCUGUGUCGAGCUCCAACGGUGCGACCGGCUUCCUCAGGCCUGUCACAGCUAGCGGCGCUCACUGGGGGCAGGUCAACUUGUCCCCGUGCAGCAGAGUCUCCGGUACCAGCUCGCCUGUUACCUCGUGGCGCUCGACGUCUGCUGUGACCCUCCGACCCAGCCCGGGGCUGCUCGGAUCGCACAGGCUUGCCAUCACCAGCAUGCUAUCUACAACGUCGUUGACCCACUUCUUGUCGUUCGACUCGCUCUCGACGAGCGCGAUAUUUCCCAGCAACGUUGCCAAGACCCCUGUGUCCUUGAUGCUGCAGCUGGGCUCCGACUUCGGGGCCUCGGAACCUUGUCUCGCGACCCGGAUGGGCGGGACUGCCAGUCCAUCAGUGAGGUGGCUGUCGGAGAGCUCGAUCGUGUCUCUGAGGUCGUCAGGAGGUAACGAUGGCUACCCGACUAGGCCGGUGGUGCUCAGCGGCUCCGCUCAGCCGGCGAGUCUCACCGGGUUGUACUCCUACGACAGUCCGUCCCUCAGCACAGUCCUCGUCUCCAACCGGCCUAACGCUGGCUCCCUCGCCCACCUCACCGUCCUGGGGGUCAACCUUGCCUCCUUCGACCUGACGCUCGCCGUGCGUGCCGGCUGUACAGCUUCCGCGUCGACGUUGUGGGCGAGCGACACUUCGGUCGUGACUGCGCCUGCAUCCGGCAGCUCAGGCUCGAGCUUUCUGAGCGUCACUGUGGGAGCUAGGAGCCUGCAGGGCCUCGCCUCUGCCGGCACCGUCACGGGAGGCUUCAGCUUCGACGGGCCUGCGUUUGGUUUACCGGAAUGGAGGCUGCGCAACUUGGGCGAGGACUCCUCGAUCAUCAUCAGCAUGCUCGGGACGAGCUUUGGGCGGUGGGAUGCGUCUGUGCAAGGGAAAAUAGCAAACACUGCGGCCCAGAGCACUGUGUGGACGUCAGACUCGCAGCUAGGCUGCAUGCCAUCGCAUGGCGUCGGAAGGACGCAGCGAGCUCAGCUGACCAUGUCAAGCCUCACGCACACGCAGACGGAGGUGUUGUCCUACGACGCUCAGCGGGCCUCGUCUGUGUCGAGCUCCAACGGUGCGACCGGCUUCCUCAGGCCUGUCACAGCUAGCGGCGCUCACUGGGGGCAGGUCAACUUGUCCCCGUGCAGCAGAGUCUCCGGUACCAGCUCGCCUGUUACCUCGUGGCGCUCGACGUCUGCUGUGACCCUCCGACCCAGCCCGGGGCUGCUCGGAUCGCACAGGCUUGCCAUCACCAGCAUGCUAUCUACAACGUCGUUGACCCACUUCUUGUCGUUCGACUCGCUCUCGACGAGCGCGAUAUUUCCCAGCAACGUUGCCAAGACCCCUGUGUCCUUGAUGCUGCAGCUGGGCUCCGACUUCGGGGCCUCGGAACCUUGUCUCGCGACCCGGAUGGGCGGGACUGCCAGUCCAUCAGUGAGGUGGCUGUCGGAGAGCUCGAUCGUGUCUCUGAGGUCGUCAGGAGGUAACGAUGGCUACCCGACUAGGCCGGUGGUGCUCAGCGGCUCCGCUCAGCCGGCGAGUCUCACCGGGUUGUACUCCUACGACAGUCCGUCCCUCAGCACAGUCCUCGUCUCCAACCGGCCUAACGCUGGCUCCCUCGCCCACCUCACCGUCCUGGGGGUCAACCUUGCCUCCUUCGACCUGACGCUCGCCGUGCGUGCCGGCUGUACAGCUUCCGCGUCGACGUUGUGGGCGAGCGACACUUCGGUCGUGACUGCGCCUGCAUCCGGCAGCUCAGGCUCGAGCUUUCUGAGCGUCACUGUGGGAGCUAGGAGCCUGCAGGGCCUCGCCUCUGCCGGCACCGUCACGGGAGGCUUCAGCUUCGACGGGCCUGCGUUUGGUUUACCGGAAUGGAGGCUGCGCAACUUGGGCGAGGACUCCUCGAUCAUCAUCAGCAUGCUCGGGACGAGCUUUGGGCGGUGGGAUGCGUCUGUGCAAGGGAAAAUAGCAAACACUGCGGCCCAGAGCACUGUGUGGACGUCAGACUCGCAGCUAGGCUGCAUGCCAUCGCAUGGCGUCGGAAGGACGCAGCGAGCUCAGCUGACCAUGUCAAGCCUCACGCACACGCAGACGGAGGUGUUGUCCUACGACGCUCAGCGGGCCUCGUCUGUGUCGAGCUCCAACGGUGCGACCGGCUUCCUCAGGCCUGUCACAGCUAGCGGCGCUCACUGGGGGCAGGUCAACUUGUCCCCGUGCAGCAGAGUCUCCGGUACCAGCUCGCCUGUUACCUCGUGGCGCUCGACGUCUGCUGUGACCCUCCGACCCAGCCCGGGGCUGCUCGGAUCGCACAGGCUUGCCAUCACCAGCAUGCUAUCUACAACGUCGUUGACCCACUUCUUGUCGUUCGACUCGCUCUCGACGAGCGCGAUAUUUCCCAGCAACGUUGCCAAGACCCCUGUGUCCUUGAUGCUGCAGCUGGGCUCCGACUUCGGGGCCUCGGAACCUUGUCUCGCGACCCGGAUGGGCGGGACUGCCAGUCCAUCAGUGAGGUGGCUGUCGGAGAGCUCGAUCGUGUCUCUGAGGUCGUCAGGAGGUAACGAUGGCUACCCGACCAGGCCGGUGGUGCUGAGCGGCUCCGCUCAGCCGGCGAGUCUCACCGGGUCGUACUCUUACGACAAGAGCGUCUUCAAUUUGGCCAGCCAUCCGGCCAACGGGCCCAUGACCGGCGCUGUCUGGGUUUCAGUUUUGGGGAAGGACUUUGCUGUGGUGGACUACACUGGGCGGGCGAGGCUGGGGGCCACGAGCGCAGAGGCGUCGAGGUGGACGUCCGACACGUCAAUCUGGUUGCAGUCUGCGGCCUCUACUGGUACGAGUUUGUCCAUUCGCUUCACCUCGGUGGGGGACAGUGCUCUCUCGUUGCCGUUGCUGUCGGGCUCGUUCACGUUUGACUCGCCUGCUGUUUCGCGGCUUGAGACGGGAAAUGUUCCUGCUUUCAUCAUCAACGAGUUGUUGACGCCAUCAGACGGGAGGUUGAAGCAAGUAGGUUCGUUCGGGAGCUUCGACGGGUCUGGACAGACUAGAGUAGGAGGAAGCUCAAGCGCCUUCACUCGAUGGGAAUCAGAGACUUGCUUGCUCUCGAAGCCUUCACCCGGAUCUGGACACACGUGCCAUGUUCAGGUCACUGCAGCUGCUGCGGUUGGCAGCACGGAGCAGAGCAUAUCCUUUGACUCGCCGUCGCUGCCCGAGUCCUCCAUAGAUCUAACCAAUGUCCCGCUAACGGGAUCAGUAAAGUUGUCAUUCCAGGGUGACAACUUCGCCAGGGUCUCAACAUCCGCCCUGGCUCGCGUCAAAAGUACAUCGAGUCCGAGCACACAGUGGCUGUCGACGAGCAGCGUCAUCGCCAAGCAGCCUUGUGUCACCGAGCAGCGAGCUUUCGUCGCCUUGACGGCAGACAAGAGCGUUGGGACAAGUCAAGAGUACAUCUCCGCAGAUGCCCCGUCUCUCUCCAGCUUCUCGCAGAAGGCAGGCAAGGUUCUGUUCGAUUUCCUCAUCCAUCACGCCAACUCAGGCAGGACCGGUGGCGACUCUUUCUUGGCCGUGGGCUCAAGUCUGGGAUCUGUGGAUGUUUCCACUCAGCUCCGUGUGGCCUCUACCGCCUGUGAAUCCUCCAUCUGGAGCUCGACAAGCUCCGUCAGCUGCUCGGUGGCAGCUGGAUCGGAGGUCAGUGCCAACGCCUUGGUCACUCUCGCACAGCAAGCAGGCUCGCUCUCUGCUGUCUUCAGCUACAACCUGCCGACCUUGUCCAGCAUCUUUCCAGUUAAUGUGCCCAUGUCAGAUCAGCAGAGCUACCUGGUCACGGCCUUCGGCUCUAACUUGCAAGCUUGGGACUUGAGCCCGUCGCUCUUCAUCGGCCACACGAUCUGCCUGUUCACUCGCUGGCAGUCUGACUCAUCCUUGUUGUGUAGCGUAGCAGACAGAUACAGCGCUCUCAGCAACGACACAGCAGCGAGUCUGCGCCUCUCCUUGUUCAACAACGGCCAGAUACUCUCAGUGACGCAGGCGCUGUCCUACGACAUGAUCGUGUACCAGACUUCAUGGACUACCGUGGCAGCAGAAGAAGAGGAGCUGGCAGGCAGCACAACAACAUGGCUCUCACACAGCACAUCUUCAGACCUCUCCACAUCGCCCUUGGACAUGGCUCUCCCUUCUACGACUCCCGAGCCCCUUCCCCCCACUGACCCUGGUGCUGCCUACAACGCCUCGCUAGAGCCUUGCGUUCUCAACGCCUCCUGGCAACAUAUCAUCGACAACCUUCACGAUCCAACAGAAUCUGCUACACCCGCCCGGUACUCGUUUGCCACAGGGGGCCUCGGAGACAGGAUGGUGAAAGAUGUGGAGGAAGCCUGGGUAUGCCAGUACGGGCAUCCUUGCGCCAUGAAGCUCGGAGCGGGGGAGACGACGGGAGAGAUGCCGGCAUACUGCUUCAUCUACGAUGAGAUCAGUGAAACCUUUCGUGAGUGGGGCAUUCUGUCUGAGAUAGGACUUGAUUGA